AUGGCCGACAACCAGCCUGUUUCGGAGUCAAACAGCCAGCCCCGCGGUGGCCGUCGUCGCGGGCGCGGUGGAGGGGCUUCCUCCGGCCGUGGGGAGCCGCACCGCCAACCCACCGACGCUGCAAGAGGCCCCAAGGCUCGUGGCCGGGGAGGCCAACGCAGUGGUGGACGUGACAAGCAGACUCCGAAUACUGGAUCCACUACGCCCAAUGCACCCUUAGCUACACCUGCAGCUGAAGGAGGAAAGAAGAAGUUCACACCCGCCACAGACGAUGCCGAUGAUGGGGAGGUGUGCUUUAUCUGCGCGUCUAGAGUCGAACAUACCUCUGUCUCGCCGUGCAAUCACCGAACUUGCCAUAUCUGUGCGCUGAGACUACGGGCACUGUACAAGAACAAAGCUUGUGCUCAUUGCCGGACCGAGUCCAAUUUUGUGAUUUUCACCGAUGAUGCUACUAAACGGUACGAAGAGUUCCAACAGAAGGACUUUGCCCGGACAGACAACAACCUCGGCAUCGAGUACGAGAACGACGAGAUCUUUGAGGACACAGUGCUACUCCUGCGGUACAACUGUCCAGAUGAAGACUGUGAUGUCGCCUGCCUGGGCUGGCCGGAUCUUCAUAGACAUGUGAAGAAUAAACAUGGCAAAGUGAUGUGUGAUCUCUGCACUCGCAACAAGAAAGUGUUUACCCACGAGCACGUGCUGUUCACCAUGGCAGAGCUGCGCCGGCAUGAAAAGCAUGGCGAUGAUGUUCCUGGUGCCCUAGACCAAAGUGGGUUCAAGGGCCACCCUGAGUGUGGUUUCUGCCACCAGCGUUUCUAUGGCGAUGAUGAGCUCUACACCCACUGCCGAGACAAACAUGAGCGAUGCCACAUCUGUGAUCGCCACGCCACCAAUCGCCAGCAGCAGUACUACAUCGACUACAACGCUCUGGAAGGCCACUUCCAAAAGGACCACUUCCUCUGCCUGGACAAGGAGUGCUUGGAGAAAAAGUUUGUGGUUUUCGAGUCCCAGAUGGAUCUCAAGGCCCACCAACUGGAGGCGCAUCCUGAUGGUCUCUCCAAGGACGUGCGACGAGAUGCUCGAAUCGUCGACCUGGCUGAAUUUGAUCUCCGCAGCCCAUACCAGCCACAGCGCCAGCGUCGUGGUGCAGGCCGCGGUCGCGAUCCGAACGCGGAGCCUCUUCCAGCUUCCAGCGCGCAGCCACUGAGACGCGACGAGAUGGCCUACCAGCGACAGAUGGCCAUCCAGAGUGCACAGUCCGUUUCCACACGGAGCUUUGGUGGUCAGCUCACGCGCAACGACACCCAAACCGUUCGCGCCCCGGCACGAUCAGCUGCUGGCACUCCUGUGCAAUCUUCUGCAUCCUCGCGUGCUCCCCCACCACCACCGGCAGAGGAAUUCGAGAACCUCAGUCUUGCCGCCAACAAUGGGCCUGUCAGCUCACAAGACCCGGCGCGGCGUCUGCGCCACACAGCCGUGGUCGAGAGAGCCUCGAACCUCCUGCACAACGAUGCCACGAAACUCGCAGAGUUCCGUAGCAGAGUCUCCAGCUACCGCACCUCCUCCAUCACCGCAACCGAGCUCAUCGAUGCCUUCUUCUCUCUCUUCGACACCACCAGCGCCGAACUGGGCAAGCUCAUCAAGGAACUGGCUGAAAUCUACGAGGACUCGUCCAAGCGAACUAGUCUCCUGCAAUCCUGGAACGACUGGCGUGCCAUCAAUGAAGAUUAUCCGGCUCUCCCAGGCCCCGGUGGCCUCUUGCCUGGCAUGUCCCCUGGUACCGUUAAUGGCGGCGGCGCAGGCGGCAGCCGUGUUCUGCGCUUAAAAUCAUCUACCGCCAAGUCAUCCCGCGCCGCCGGCGGCAGAAGUGGUGCUCUCCCUUCCUCUGGCGCUUCCUCAUCUAUGAACCCAUUCCCUCCUCUCUCUGCUACCACCGGUGGGUCUUCUCGUCGCAGUAAUGCCGCCUCCGCCACCCCCUGGGCCACUGCCGCUCCUCCCGCCUUCUCGCGCCCAUCGCUCGCCAACACCACCAGUCGUUCCUCCCCCAGCGUCCCAACCGCAUCAAAUCGGGGCCUUGGCUCCUCUGGUGCAGACGCCUUCCCCUCUCUCCCUGCGGCUCCCAAACCCAAUGUCAUGAUGGCCGGUAAGACCCACGGCUAUGUUCGCUGGGAUGACCGCCGCGGACCUGCCCCGAGUGCAUGGGGCUCAGGUGCGAGCUCGGGCGCUGCCUCGCCAUCUGAGCAGCCAUCUGAUUUCGACCUGAUCGAUGGGCCAGGCGUUGGUGGUGGCAAAAAGGGCAAGAAUAAGAAGGGGAAGCAGACAUUGUUCCAUUUCGGCUGA